UGCGCUCUACAGCGUACGUAGUUGAAAGAAUGUAAGAAAAGACGUACUGUUUGACUACAUCACUCUUGUGUUACCCUUUAUUUCCUAUCAUUUUCUUUUCACUUUCCCUUCCUUUUACUCAGUCCCGCAACCCUUAUCUCUUGCAUUUCCUCAAUGACUUCUCCUCAUAAUUUCCCCUUUCCCAAGUAGUUGUUAAAUUUCAAUUCUUUAUCAAGAAUGCUCAUUGACUGCACAGGAUCAUAGCAUUUGAGCUUGUUGUUCGUGGUCAGCUUAGAUUUUUGCGCUGAAAUCUGGAAACCAUUGAAUUCUUUGACUUUACGGCUGAAAUUCAGCUAUGAUGGGAUGUCAAUCGAGCAAAACGAAAGGAGGUGGUCCAGAAUCUUCUUCCCAAGUCAGGACAGAUUCCCAGUUUGAAGCUGACUUGAGCUCUUACGAGGCUGCUUGUAGACAUGAUCCAACUUUGCAACAUUUUGAUGCAACCCUCCAUGAACGUACUAACCAUGUCAUUGGCACACUUGCUGCUGGUUUGGGUGUUCAAUCCUUAUCUUUUGACUCACUCAAAGAGGUUACCGGAUGUCUUCUUGAAACGAACCAGGAAGUGGCCAAAAUCAUUUUAGAAUGUCAUAAAGAUAUAUGGAAAAAUACGGACCUGUUUUCUUUAGUGGAGGAAUACUUUGAGAACAGUAAAAAAACUUUAGACUUUUGUACUGCCCUUGAGAAUUGCCUCAAACGUGCUCGAAACAACCAAUUAAUUAUUCAGUUGGCAGUCAAGUAUUUUGAGGAAGAGGUUGUAUUACAAGUUGGGACUGAUGAGAAGAAAUUUGUGAAGACCUUAGAAGAACUAAGGAAAUUUAAGGCAGCUGAGGAGCCCUUCACCAAGGAGUUCUUUCUACUGUUUGACUCAGUCCGUAGGCAGCAGGAAUCAAUGCUGGGGAAAUUGCUAGUUCGGAAGAGACAGAUUGAUAAAAAAUUGAAAUCUCUGAAAACAUGGAAGAGGGUGUCCAAUGUCUUGUUUGUAGCCACUUUUGUCUCUGUGUUGAUUUUUUCUGUGGUGGCAGCAGCCAUAGCUGCACCGCCUGUUGUAACAGCUUUGGCAGGUGCAAUGGCAGUUCCUAUUGGUUCACUUGGAAAAUGGUGCAACUGGCUUUGGAAGCGCUAUCAGAAUGAGCUGAAAGGGCAGAAGGAGUUAAUAACUGCAAUGGAGAUUGGUGCUCGCAUUACAAUCUAUGACAUGGAAAACAUAAGACUGCUUAUUAGCCGAUUGGAAAUUGAGAUUGAAUCACUAUUGCAUAAUGCCGAUUUUGCACUUAGAGAAGAAGAUGCAGUGAAGCUUGCAAUUGAUGAGAUAAAGAGAAAGUUGGAAGUAUUUAUGGGCACCAUCGAGAAUUUGGGUCGACAGGCCGAUAUGUGUAGCCGUGAUAUUAGGAUGGCGAGGACAGUGAUUUUGCAGAGAAUGACGAGACAUUCUAGCACUUCAACAACUGGAGACAGCGCUUGGGAACUCUAGCACUGACAUAUCAUACUGUGUUUAUGUUGUAUCAAUUUUAUGCUAUAGGUAAUGAAAUUCCACCUCUACUCGUCUGAGUUAGUAGAUCUGGAUUUGAUCCUAUGUAUAACAAUUACAUUUUUCCAAUCUAAUUUCGGUACAUUUUUUUAAAACUA